AUGAAGGAUUGGAAUUUGCUAUGUAGCACUAUUAGAGAAAAUAAUUAUGAAGGUCUCAAAAAUUUGCUUUGGAAGAUUGCUUGCCCUAAUAUCAAAAAUGAGCGUUGUUGGACUUCUCUGCAUAUAGCCGCCUUACUUAACCGCACAAAAUGUAUUAAAAUAUUAAUGGCUCGUGGUGCAUCUAUAAAUGCCAAAACAAUUGACGGCAAAAUUCCAGGCCAUUUAGCCGCACUGCACGGAAAUGUUGAAUCACUUAAUUUAUUGCUUGAAAACAAAACAGAUAUUUGUGCCGCAGAUAAUCGAGGAUGGACAAUGUUGCAUAAGGCCGCAUAUCAUGGUCAUAUUAGAUGUUGUGAAAUUUUAAUUGAUCAUUUGGCAGAUCCCCUUGCUAAAACCUCUUCUGGAGAAACCCCCUUGCAUUUAGCUGCUAGAGAAGGUCACAUUGAAGUUGUCAAAUUUCUGCUUUCACUAAAUAAGAAUUGGUUGACCCAGUUGGGAAUGCGAACUGAUUUCGGGGAAACUCCUAAGGACUUAGCAAAAAAAUUUCAUAAAUCAGCAGUUGUCGGGAUUAUCGACAAUUUAGAAUGGGGCAAGGAGCUUGAGCCAAAUACCCAUCCAAGUCAUUCUCCAUCAUGGGAGCGCGAUAUAGACAGAAUUAGUGAACCGAUACGUACCUGUGUGAUCGAUAUGAAUAGCAAGAAUGAGAAAGGAGACGUGCCCUUGCACAAAGAAAGAAUAGUACUUUUGGAUGACCAGCUACGAUUAGAAAAGGCGGAAUAUUUCCGCCGUGGUGGAAAAGAAAUUGAACUGAUAAAAAGCGGAAUUCAGCCUGAGAGAGAUCAUUCAAAUCUAAUGGCGGAAAUUCAAUAUGAACGCAUUCUGCGUGAAGAACUCGAAAUUCAACUUAAUGCCUUAAUGAAAAGACAAUCGGUGGAAACAAAGACUUGA